AUCCCAUUCCCUUUUUGCUAACUAGCUGUGUCUUCAGAGUUGUCUACAUCUUUCCAAGAACAGCACAAGAUGAACAAGGUUGAACAGAAAUUCCAGGAGUUAGUGUCAUUUAACGACGUGACUGUGGGCUUUACCCAGGAAGAAUGGCAGCACCUGGACCCUAGCCAGAGGUCCCUGUAUAGAGAGGUGAUGCUGGAGAACUACAGUCACCUUGUCUCUGUGGGGUAUUGUGUGACCAAGCCAGAGGUGAUCUUCAGGCUAGAGCAAGGAGAGGAACCAUGGAUAUUGGAGGCAGAAUUCCCAAGCCAGAGCUUCCCAGAACUUUGGAAAGCUGAUUAUCUGAAGGAGCAGAGCCAAGAAGAUUUGUGGAAAGUUGUAUUCAUCAGUAACAAAAUGCUGAUGAAGGAACAAGGUAAUAUAAUAGGAAGGCCAUUUGACUUGGACAUAGAUUCUUUUCCUUCCAAGAAAAUACUCUGUCAGUGUGACUCAGAAGGAAGAAGUUUCAACAAUAUUUCCAAAUUGAUUAUUAGUAGGAAAAAGUACUUAAGAAAAAAGCCUGAUGAACUUAAUGCCUGUGGGAAAUUGCUACUCAAAAUUAAACAUGAGAAAACUCAUACUAGAGAGAAAAUUGAAUUUUUUAGAAAUAGGAGUACUUUCAGCCAUUACAAGGGAGAGAAGAUUCAAACCUUAGAGCAAACUUCUGAGUAUAAUAUAUAUCAGGAAACCUUCCUUGAAAAGACAAUAUUCAACACAUACAAGAGAGAGAACAUGGAAGAGAAUUACUGUGAAUAUAGUGAAUAUGGGAGAAUUUUUUGUGGUAAUUCAUCUCUCUUGUUCCCUCACAUAUCUACUUCAAAGGAGAAUCACUAUGGAUUUAGUGAUUAUGAGAAAUCCUGUAGGAAGCUAACCUCUUUCAAAUAUGAUGGGCUACCUGUAAAACACUGUGAUGAAUAUAAUCAAAAUGGGAAUAACUUCAGGAGGAGAUUAUGUCUCUCACAACUUCAGAAAACUGAUAAAGGAGAGAAAGACUUUGAAUGUAAUGAAUGUGGGAAAGCAUUUUGGGAGAAGUCACACCUCACUCGACAUCGGAGGGUACAUACAGGAGACAAACACUUUCAGUGUAAUGAAUGUGGAAAAACUUUCUGGGAAAAAUCAAACCUCACUAAACAUCAGAGAUCUCACACUGGAGAGAAACCCUAUGAAUGCAAUGAAUGUGGGAAAGCCUUUAGUCACAAAUCGGCCCUCACACUACACCAGAGAACGCAUACAGGGGAAAAACCCUAUCAGUGUACUGCAUGUGGGAAGACUUUUUACCAGAAGUCAGACCUCACUAAACAUCAGAGAACACAUACGGGGCUGAAACCUUAUGAAUGUUAUGAAUGUGGGAAGUCCUUUUGUAUGAAUUCACAUCUUGUAGUACAUCAAAGAACUCACACAGGCGAGAAACCCUUUGAAUGCCUGGAAUGUGGGAAAUCCUUUUGUCAAAAGUCACAUCUUACUCAACAUCAGAGAACGCAUAUAGGGGAUAAACCCUAUGCAUGUAAUGCUUGUGGGAAAACUUUCUAUCAUAAAUCAGUACUUACCAGGCAUCAGAUAAUUCAUACAGGAUUGAAACCUUUUGAAUGUUAUGAAUGUGGGAAAAACUUCUGCUUAAAGUCAGACCUCACAGUACAUCAGAGAACUCACACAGGAGAGAAACCCUUUGCAUGUCCUGAAUGUGGCAAAUUCUUCAGCCAUAAGUCAACCCUUUCUCAACAUUAUAGAAUACAUACGGGAGAGAAACCGUAUGAAUGUCAUGAAUGUGGGAAAAUUUUUUACAAUAAAUCAUACCUAACUAAACAUAAUAGAACACAUACAGGGGAGAAACCCUAUGAAUGCAGUGAAUGUGGAAAAACGUUUUGCCAGAAGUCACAGCUCACUCAGCAUCAGAGAAUUCACUUAGGGGAGAAGCCCUAUAAAUGUACUGCAUGUGGGAAAGCUUUCUGCCAUAAGUCAGCUCUAAUUGUACACCAGAGAACCCAUACAGAAGAAAAGCCCUAUAAAUGUAAUGAAUGUGGGAAGUCUUUCUGCGUGAAGUCAGGACUUAUUUUACAUCAAAGAAAACACACAGGAGAGAAGCCCUAUGAAUGUAAUGAAUGUGGGAAAUCCUUUAGUCACAAAUCAUCCCUUACAGUACAUCACAGGGCUCAUACAGGGGAGAAAUCUUGUGAGUGUAAUGAAUGUGGAAAAAUAUUUUAUCGUAAAUCAGACCUUGCUAAACAUCAGAGAUCACAUACUGGGGAGAAGCCCUAUGAAUGUAAGGUAUGUGGGAAAACCUUCUCUCAAAAGUCAAACCUCAUUGUACAUCAGAGGACACACACAGGAGAAAAAUCUUAUGAGAUAAAAUAAAUAUUUGAAAUAUUUAGCCACAAAUCAGUUGACAAUACAAAAUAUCAAAACUGCAGAAAGCUCUGUUGACAUCCUAAAUUAUAGUAACCUUUAUCCACAAAUUGGCUUUACUUUAUUCCAGAGUAAUGAUGGAGGAUAAACUCAACAAAUUUAGGAUGGCCUUUGU